AUCCAAAAAACCCUUGUCUGUGUUUCUUCUUUCUCGCCGCCAUAUAUUCAGAAUAUCCUUCAACCUUUUUCACUGAAAUCAGCAGCAGCAAUGGAGUACAAAAGGGGUGACAGAGUGGAAGUGAUAGACAGCGAAGAAGGAUUUGAAGGAUCUUACUACGGCGCCGUCAUCGUCACCAAACUCAACGGCGAUGAAUACAUAGUCACCUACGACACCCUUUUGAAGGAGGAUCUUUCCGGCCCGCUCAGGGAAGUCGUCGAGGCCGAUAACCUCCGCCCCAAGCCGCCGCCUCCGGAGGGGGACCAGCCGACCAGGUACCGGCUGUACCAAUCCGUGGACGUGUUCCACAACGACGGGUGGUGGGUCGGCCGGAUAAUUGGUAAAAUCGGGUCCGUUUAUAAUGUGUUCUUUGACAGCACUCAGGAAGAGCUUCCAUACGGGGUUGAAGCACUGAGGAUCCAUCAAGAUUGGGUCGAUGGGACUUGGGUUACUCCGGCCGUCAAGAAAUUGGAGAUAAAAUCCUAAGAUCAAUUAAUCAUCAAAGAUUCAACCCUUCCCUCUUCUUUUUUUUUCCCCGCCAAACAACUGCGUUUAAUUUGUGCUGUUCUGUUGUAGUAACUGGUAGUAGUACUUGCUAUUAUUAUUAUUAAUGUUCAUUAUCAGUCAUAAAACUGGCUUGAAGGUUUGUAUAGGAAUUUGUACUAUUUAAUUUCUAUCAUCAAAAGGGGGGAAAGCUUUUCUUUUUUUUUUUUUUUCUGGGAUUUCUGCAGAAUUUAAUUUUGUUGCUGAGGUUGCAGUGCUGAGCAGUUGAGGACUGAUUUAGUAGGGUUGGUUGUUAUUGAUAUCCGUG